ACCCGGGACCCGGGCACCGGCCCGCCCCCCGCCGCUCCCCCGCGCCCCCGAGCGGGGCCACGGUCCUCCGCCGCCCGGGCAGCACCGGGGCGGGGCCCGCGCCCUGGAAGGGGCCGGGCGACCCGCCGAGGAAGAACUUGUUGGGGGCGGGUCCCGGCGCCGGGCGCCCGGGGCGGCCGCUAUUGUCUGCGCGCGCUCGGCGGGGCCGGGCCGGCGGCGGCGGGAGGAGCCCGAGCCGGAGCCCGAGCGGGAGCCGGAGCCGGAGGAGGAGCCGGCGGGCGCGAUGCCGGCGGCGGCGGGGGACGGGCUGCCGGGCGAGCCGGCGGCGGGGGGCGGCGGGGCCGGCGGGGACGCGGCCCGCGAGGGGGGCUGCCUGCCCGCCUGGGUGAGCGGCGUGCCCCGCGAGCGGCUGCGCGACUUCCAGCACCACAAGCGCGUGGGCCACUACCUGGUGGGCAGCCGCAAGCUGGGCGAGGGCUCCUUCGCCAAGGUGCGCGAGGGGCUGCACGUGCUGACCGGCGAGAAGGUGGCCAUCAAAGUCAUCGACAAGAGGAGAGCCAGGAAGGACACGUACGUCACCAAGAACCUGCGGCGGGAGGGGCAGAUCCAGCAGAUGAUCCGCCACCCCAACAUCACCCAGCUGCUCGACAUCCUGGAGACGGAAAACAGCUACUACCUGGUCAUGGAGCUGUGUCCCGGCGGCAACCUGAUGCACCGCAUCUACGAGAAGAAGCGGCUGGAGGAGGCGGAGGCGCGCAGGUACAUCCGGCAGCUCAUCUCGGCCGUGGAGCACCUGCACCGGGCCGGCGUGGUGCACAGGGACUUGAAGAUAGAAAACCUGCUGCUCGACGAGGACAAUAACAUCAAGCUGAUCGACUUCGGACUGAGCAACUGCGCGGGGAUCCUGGGCCACUCGGACCCGUUCAGCACGCAGUGCGGCAGCCCCGCCUACGCCGCGCCCGAGCUGCUGGCCAGGAAGAAGUACGGCCCCAAGAUCGACGUCUGGUCCAUAGGCGUGAACAUGUACGCCAUGCUGACCGGGACCCUGCCCUUCACCGUGGAGCCGUUCAGCCUGAGGGCUUUGUACCAGAAGAUGGUGGACAAGGAGAUGAACCCACUUCCCACCCAGCUUUCCACAGGAGCCGUCAGCUUCCUGCGCUCACUGCUGGAGCCCGACCCCGUGAAGAGGCCCAACAUCCAGCAGGCGCUGGCCAACCGCUGGCUGCACGAGAGCCACACGGGCAGGGUGCCCUGUGUCACCUACCCCAACAGGAUCUCGCUGGCCGACCUGAGCCCCAGUGUCGUGCUGCACAUGACCCAGAAGCUGGGCUACAAGAACAGCGACGUGAUCAACACGGUGCUGGCCAACCGCGCCUGCCACAUCCUCGCCGUCUACUUCCUCCUGAACAAGAAGCUCGAGCGCUACGUGUCGGGGAAAUCCGACCUGCAGGACGGCGUCGGCUCCAAGGCCCCGCUCUGCCCGGCGGACAGGUGCCGGCCUGGCAGGGAGCCCUGCGAGGCCUCCCUGGACACCUGGACACGAGACCUUGAAUUCCACGUGGGGCAGGACAAAACGCCCAAAGAGCAAGAGAAAAAGGGGGACUUCCUUCCCCGGCCGUGUCCCCAGAAGCUGGAGAAGCACCUGCCGGCGCACAGGCAGCCCCCGGCCUCGCUCCUGACGCAGCUUCAGAGCACCAGGGCCCUGCUGCGCGACCGCAAGGCCGCCAGGCCCGGCCUCCCCGACAGAGAUUCCUUCGGCUGCCGCAGUAUCUUCCGCAAAACCUCGGACCCCAGUUGUGUGGCUUCCUCUUCCAUGGAGUUCAUCCCCGGCCCCCCGCCCAGGACCCCCCGCAUUGCCAAGAAGCCGGAGCCGCCUCCACAGGGCCCGGGGGGCAGCGGCAUCGCCCCCCGAGAGGAGCCGCUGGUGCUAGACAUGGUCCGCUCCUUCGAGUCUGUGGAGCGCGAGGACCCGCCGGGCCUGCUGUCCCCGGCCCACCCCUGCAGGGCGCUGGGCUCCCCCGGGGAGCGGGCGCUGUCCCCCUCCCUGCUGCCCCGAAGCCCGUCCCCUCUCCAGACUCCUUUGCAUCCCACCCUGGUCUCCUUUGCUCACGAAGAGAACUGCCUCCCGAAAGAGGGGGGCGUGUGCUCCCCUCCUCUGGGUCCCGGUGCUGGUGCCCCGCAGCCCCUGGGGAGCCCCAACUGUGUGAAAAGCCGGGGCCGGUUCCCCAUGAUGGGCAUCGGGCAGAUGCUGAGGAAGCGGCACCAGAGCCUGCAGCCCCCCGCGGACAGGCCGCUGGAGGCCAGCCUGCCCCCCCUGCAGCCCGCGGCGCCCGUCAGCCUCCCCUUCAGCAUGGCCGAGGCCGUCCAGGGCCAGUGCUAACCGGGCAGCAGCGGGACCGGCCACCCCAGGGAAGCGACGGUACGAGCCCACAGUCCUUCAGGCGAAGGUUCAGGAACUCCAGCCACGCAGCUCCCUCCUGGGGGCGCUGAGCCCCAGGCCCCACGCCUGCUCCACCCCGUCUGGGUCAGAACCUGCAGAUGCUGGGAUUCCCUAGCAGGUGGGCUGGGGUACAGCCAGUAACGCUCGUUUCCUCGCUCCCCCCGCCCCUCAGUUGGGCUGGGGCGAGCACCUGCAUCGGCCCCGGGAGCACCUGCAUCGGCCCCGGGAGCACCUGCAUCGAGUGCACACCUGCAUCGGCCCCGGGAGCACCUGCAUCGGCCCCGGGAGCACCUGCAUCGGCCCCGGGAGCACCUGCAUCGAGUGCACACCUGCAUCAGCCCUGGGAGCACCUGCA